UAAUAGAUUCAGUUUUCGUUGAAAGUUUUAUGCAUCAAGUUAUAAAGGAAUUAUCUUCUGAAAGAAGAGAACACAACUGACAAAAAAAAUUUAAUAAUAGCCUAAAACAGUACGGAAAGCAUGGAGAGCGAGUGGGCAUUAGCAGGAAAUGAAACUCAUUUUUCAAUAAUUGUGGAAACAGAGGAAGGGUUAAGCAUACAAGACAGGGUGUUAAUCGGAGCAGUGGCGACAUUAGUUGUCUUGGUAGUGCUUGCCGUUGUUCUUCGACUUCUGAAACAGCCGUGCAGGGACCGUGUGAACCACAUAGAAGAGGAGAAGAAGGAUUAUGAUAAAUAUUCAACAAAUUCCAGCUUAGAAGACACAUCAUCCGAUGAUUCCUGUAGAACUUCUUCUUCCGGUUUUUCGGACUCCUCGGGAAGGACCAGUCAAGUCACACAGCUUUCGUAUUGCUCAUCUGAAUAUUCAUUAAAAUCCGAUGAUAGACUUAUUUCCUUAUCUUCAUCUUUACCAGAUCUUACAGGAAAAAAUUCAAAGUCUAUCAAUAUUUCGUCUCCAUCAAUAUUUACCCUCAACACUGAACUUACGACGAAGCUUUCGAGUAAUUCUAAACAAAUUAAAUCCAAUAUAAAUGAUACGGGGAGAGCAACAAAGUCUGUUUGUAGCAUAAAGUCCGAGGAACAUCUAGACAAUUCAUUGUCCAAUUCUUUCUUGUCUUUAGCAUCAUCUCAAUUAUUAGAUACACAUUCUCGGACCUCUAAGAACACAACGGUGGAUCAUGCGUAUGGGAAAUAUUUACCAAAAUUCUAUAAGAAAACAGACUUAUCAGAAGAUGUUCAAAAACAGUCAAAGUACUAGCUGGACUAUUUAUGAUAU